UAUCUCUUCGGUUCUUGCUAUGGGUAUAAUGGAGUUGUUUGCUGGGUGCCGUGGAGCGUCCCGGUCAUUGCGCCGUUCCUUUCCAUCGGCGAUGCAGUUUUUCCUCCUUUUUUCCUGCUUUUUAGUUGCAGGUAUUUUUGCUUCGCAGAUCUCUGCGGAGCACGGCGAAACAGAGACGUAUAGCGAGCUACGCAGCAAGGGAAAGGAUCCUACUGAGCAAGUACAGGGCGAGGAGUACGACCCCAUUGAGCAGGUACAGGGCGAGGAGCACGACCCCAUUGAGCAGGUGCAAGGGGAGGAGUACGACCCUAUUGAGCAGGUGCAAGGCGAGGAGAACGACCCUAUUGAGCAAGGCGAGGAGUACGACCCCAUUGAGCAGGUACAGGGCGAGGAGCAUGACCCCAUUGAGCAGGUGCAAGGCGAGGAGAAUGACCCUAUUGAGCAAGGCGAGGAGUACGACCCUAUUGAGCAAGGCGAGGAGUACGACCCUAUUGAGCAGGUACAGGGCGAGGCGUAUGACCCUAUUGAGCAGGUACAGGGCGAGGAGCACGACCCCAUUGUGCAGGGCGAGGAGCACAACCCCAUUGUGCAGGGCGAGGAGCACAACCCCAUUGUGCAGGGCGAGGAGCACGACCCCAUUGUGCAGGGCGAGGAGCACGACCCCAUUGAGCAGGUGCAGGGCGAGGAGCACGACCCCAUUGAGCAGGUGCAGGGCGAGGAGCACGACCCCGUUGAGCAGGUGCAGGGCGAGGAGCAUGACCCCAUUGUGCAGGGCGAGGAGCACGACCCUAUUGAGCAGGUACAGGGCGAGGAGCACGACCCCAUUGUGCAGGGUGAGGAGCACGACCUUAUUGAGCAGGUACAGGGCGAGGAGCAUGAUCCCAUUGUGCAGGGCGAGGAGCAUGAUCCCAUUGUGCAGGGCGAGGAGCACGACCCCAUUGAGCAGGGCGAGGAGCACGACCCCAUUGAGCAGGGCGAGGAGCAUGACCCCAUUGUGCAGGGCGAGGAGCACGACCCCAUUGUGCAGGGCGAGGAGCACGACCCCAUUGUGCAGGGCGAGGAGCACGACCCCAUUGUGCAGGGCGCGGAGCACGACCCCAUUGUGCAGGGCGCGGAGCACGACCCCAUUGUGCAGGGCGCGGAGCACGACCCCAUUGUGCAGGGCGAGGAGCACGACCCCAUUGUGCAGGGCGAGGAGCACGACCCCAUUGUGCAGGGCGAGGAGCACGACCCUAUUGAGCAGGUGCAGGGCGAGGAGCACGACCCCAUUGUGCAGGGCGAGGAGCACGACCCCAUUGUGCAGGGCGAGGAGCACGACCCCAUUGUGCAGGGCGAGGAGCACGACCCCAUUGUGCAGGGCGAGGAGCACGACCCCAUUGUGCAGGUGCAGGGCGAGGAGCACGACCCCAUUGUGCAGGGUGAGGAGCACGACCCCAUUGAGCAGGUGCAGGGCGAGGAGCACGAUACCAUUCAGCAGGUUGAGACGGAGAUACACAGUGAGGAAAAUGUUCCGGUUCAACCUCCAAUACAACCAAGGCCUUACCCUUUGAAGUUUAUUCCGCCUUACGGCAUCCCAGUGCCUGUCACUCCCUUUCCUUUCAAGCUGCUUAGCCCUCGGGUGAUCCCUUUCAACGUGCCCGUGCCGCCUGAGCUCCAAAAGGUCAUGAAUCCCAAGCCUGUUCCUAUGCCCCGGCCGCUACCCAUUAGUCUUGCUGCAGCGGUCCGCGUGUUGUGCAGCGAAAACAAAAUGUACGUGAGGGUAAGGACUGACCUGUAUGGAUUCAAGUGUAAAGCAGGCCAGUUGACUCUGGGGACCAGCUGCAGAAGCAAUGGAGUCUCUGGUGGGUAUCUUCUCUUUACAUACGGCCUCAAAGAAUGUGGAAGCCAGGCGUCUGUGGAAGCUGGACAGUUGGUGUACAAGAACGUCCUUAAAUAUGUUCCAUCUGUGCAAAACAGUACAAUUCGGAGAUCUAUGCCAUUCACUGUACCCCUUCAGUGUCGUUACUAUAGGUAA